AUGGCUUCAACAGGUUAUGGGCCCAGCAGAGAAUCACGCUGGUCAAGGUUGACUUUCGAUGGAAACGAAAGCAAUUACAAACUGUGGGAAGCGAAAUUCCUCGCGCACAUGAGGUUAUUAAAACUAAAGGAUACUAUCCUGCCGUCUGAAGAAGAGGCUGACGCAACAAAGAACGAAGAAUGCUACGCCGAGCUUAUACAGUGUUUGGACGACACCAGUCUGUCAUUGGUAAUGAGGGAUGCUACCGACGAUGGCCGAAAGGCUUUACAAAUACUCCGAGACCAUUAUGCAAAUCAAGGCAAACCAAGAAUCAUCACACUCUACACUGAGCUAACGUCACUUGAAAAAGCACUUCACGAGACAGUCACAGAUUACUUAAUAAGAGCCGAGAAAGCAAUAACAGCGCUUAAGAACGCCAAAGAAACGUUAAGCGAUGGGCUAAUAAUUGCUAUGAUCUUAAAGGGGCUGCCUGAUUCAUAUAAACCGUUCUCGAUACAUGUGACCCAAAGUGCAAGUGAGAUAACGUUCGCGAAGUUCAAGAGCAUGUUGAGGAGCUUCGAAGAAACGGAAAAGCUCAACACCAAACCGAAAGUUGAUCAGGUAAUGAAAGCUGAGUUUCCUUCGCAAACAAUGACAUGUUAUGGCUGCGGGAAAAGAGGGCAUUUAGUCAGAGAGUGCAUUUAGUCAGAGAGUGCCCUGCUAAGAGCGAGAAGAAGUGGUGUAACUAUCACAAAAGUACAACACACUCGGAUAGCACCUGCAGAAGUCAGCAAAAGAGCAAAGACCAAGCCAAACAGGUGUCGGAGAAAGAAAACACCUCUAAAGAUGAACAUUCAUUUGCAUUCAAAGUUAACGACGAAGCAACAGGGAAAAUCAAUCGAAUGGGAAUGUUGGUUGACACAGGUGCCACUUCUCACAUUGUUACUACUGAUAUUUUAAAGCAAAUAGACAUGACAUUUAAACCAUCAAAACAUUACAUUGAACUGGCUGAUGGCACACGAGCCAGUAAUAUUGCAUUGAAACGAGGGGAUGCUGAAGUGUUUCUGAAAGAUACAAAUGGAAAAUGUGUGAAAACGGUGCUGAAAAACGCCUUAUAUAUACCAUCCUAUCCUCAAGAUAUUUUCUUAGUGAAGGCAGCCACAUCAAAUGGAGCCGAGCUUCGAUUUGCCCAAGAUACUGGUGAGCUAACCCUUGAAGAUGGUACCAUUGUUGAAAUUGAAGAACAUGGACGGUUGUACUAUUUGACUUCCAUAGACAGUCAUGAGAACGAUAGCGUAAGUGAAGUAGAUAAAGUAAAUCUCUCGUAUGAUAUUAACACAUGGCAUGAAAUCCUAGGGCACUGCAAUUUUGAAGAUAUUAUAAAACUACAGGGGUUAGUUAAGGGCAUGAAAUUCUCAGGUAAAAUUGAGUCAUCUAAGUUAGGUUGUAAUACAUGUGUAGAAGGAAAAUUUGUAAACAGCAGGAGUAGGAUUCCUGAUGCAAGAUCUCAAAAAUCAUUGGAGAAAGUGCAUGUGGAUUUGGCAGGUCCAGUUUCUCCUGUAUCAAGAGAGGGGUUUAAGUACUGCAUAGCUUUUACUGACGAUUUCUCAGGAGCAGUAUUUGUUUACUUUCUGAAAUGUAAAAGUGACACCUUUGUAGCAACAGAGAAAUUUCUAGCAGAUAUCACUCCUUAUGGCAAG